AUGAGUGCUUUGGCGGAAGAUUUCUACAGAAGCGCUCGCACAAAGUCGGGGGAAGGGCUCCCGAGACAAGCUGCCCGGUGUCGGGCCAGCCAGCGCCCGUGGGGAGCCCAGCGUCCUGCCGCGUCUGUCCCCGGAGUAGAGGCGCUGGACGCACGAGGAAGUGACUCUCCCCAGCGGCUGCGAUGCGGACCGUAAGCUGAUUUUUUCGUUAACUGCCUCCGGUUUGUAAGAAGGUUUAUAGGUUACGAAGAUGCUGUUAUUAUUUGCUCCCCUGGUGUGCCAGAAAACCUCCAGGUUGGUCACAACUCUUUCUGGGCUCAGCAUGUAAGGGAAACUUCACCCACAUGAUAGCCAAGAAGUGUCAGAGAAGACAGAAAAGUCAGAAGAAACCAAGACAUCUUGGACCACUAGAUGAUUCCUGGCAGGAAAGGCUGGCUGAUGUUGUGACGCCACUCUGGAGGCUGAGCUAUGAAGAACAGCUCAAAGUGAAAUUUGAAGCUCAGAAGAAAACUUUACAGAGACUAGAAUCUUACCUACAAAUGCUCAAUGGAGUCAACGUGACAACAGCUGCACCCAGAUCUGAGGGGCUCUGUUGUUUUCUCCAUCCUAUUAUACCUUCUCCUGUCAUCAGUGGCUACCGAAAUAAGUCCACCUUCUCUGUGAACCGAGGUCCAGAUGGCAAUCCAAAGACUGUGGGGUACUACCUGGGAACUUGGAGAGACAGGAACAUGGUCUGUGUACGGUCUAACCAUCUGAAAAACAUCCCCAGGAAACACAGUCAAGUGGCACAGUACUACGAAGUAUUCCUUCGACAGUCCCCAUUGGAGCCCUGCCUUCUGUUUCAUGAAGGUGGGUACUGGCGUGAGCUCAUAGCCCACUCCACUAGCCAAGGGCACACAAUGGGCAUCAUCACUUUCCAUCCCCAGGAAUUAAGACAGGAGGAGCUCUGUGUUCAGAAGGAGACUGUAAAGAAGUUUUUCACGAAAGGGCCAGGAGCAGUCUGUGACUUGACAUCACUUUACUUCCAGGAAAGCACUAUGACCUGUUGCAGCCAUCAGCAGUCCCCCUACCAGCUCCUAUCUGGGGAACCCCACAUCUUUGAAGAUCUCCUGGGGUUGAAGAUCCGCAUCUCUCCAGAUACCUUUUUCCAGGUUAACACUGCUGGUGCAGAGAUACUCUAUUGGACUGUGGGGGAGCUGAGUGGAGUGAACUCUAACACCAUCCUCCUUGACAUCUGCUGUGUAACUGGUGUGAUCGGCCUCUCUCUGGCUCAGUAUACCUCCUGGGUCCUUGGGAUUGAGUUGGUGGAGCAGGUGGUAGAGGAUGCCAGGUGGACUGCAGCCUUCAAUGGCAUCACCAACUGUGAAUUCCACACCCGUCGAGCAGAGAAGAUUUUGCCACAGCUACUAAAGUCAAAGGAAGAUGGGCAGUUAAUUGUUGCUGUAGUGAACCCAGCCCAGGCGGGACUGCAUUACCAGGUGGUUCAAGCCAUUCGAAACUGCGGGGCCAUCCACAUACUAGUUUUUGUUUCCUGCAAGCCCCAUGGUGAAACCACAAGGAACAUCACUGAGGGACUGAUAAUGCAAAGAUACAUAUCUCAUCUGGUGUCAGUGAGCUCACGAUGUACUGUGGGUGCAGUGACAGCUUUUUCAAGGAAUGAGAAAUUCUCUUUAGAUGCCUACUUGGUAGUUUGUGAACUUUUGGCUUCUGCUUCACUUUUCUUCCAAGCCUCACCUGAAUAGAAGCUUCUCCUAGUCUCUCCAGUUUCUGUUGGCAGUCAGCUACCUGAAGCAACUCUCAAGAUGCACCUUCAGGUGUUGAAGGCAGAGAGGGAAGGAAACAGCUGAAGACCCAUCAUAGCUACCUACACACUUCUGAUACAGGCUGAGCCAAGAAAUUGCCUUAGACUCUUCUUUCUGCUUUCAGAAACAAAGUCUCUCCCAACUUUGUUCACUUACGUUCUGCUAGAUGGUUGAAAAAGAUGGGUUUGUGACAUGGCUGGUUAAGGUUCUUUUUUUAUGUUUUGAACAGAUGAAUAUGUAUUUUCCUUACCACCAUUUCCCUCACUGUCCAUUUCCCUUCGCUGGAGUCAGUCACUGUUACCAGUUUCUUGUGUAUCCUUCCUGAGAUAUUCUAUGCAUAUUUGUAUAUGUACACCCCUAAUUUUUAUACAAUUGUAGCAUACCAUAAAUGCUAUUCUGCGCCCUACUUUUUUCACUUUUUACAUAGAAGGCUGUUUCAUAUCAGUACAUAAAGAGCUUCUUUAUGGCUACAUGGCUGCACAGCGUUCCAUAAUUAUUAUAGAUAUACCAGAAUUUAUUUAAG